AUGAAGUGGUCUGCCGCCAUCACCCUCUCGGCCGCCGCCUUGAGCUCCGCCAAGGCGGUCCGCAACACCUAUCCCAAAGCCCGGGACUUGCAUGAGGUUCCCGAGCAUGUUCAGCCCAACCCUCAUCUGGCCGACCUCCCCCACGGAAUGAGAGGUCACGGCAUCACCCCGGAUUCCAACAACCAUGUCGUCGUCAUCUGGGUCAACCCCGGCGGCCACGCCGAGACAACGACCAUCAACCAGAAGAUCACUGUCACGGAGACAAUCGUUGUUGGUGCCCAUACGCCUCCCCCCGAGGCCCAUGCCCCCGAGCACCCGCCCAUCGAGCAUCCUCCUGUCGAGCAUCCUCCUGUCGAGCACCCGCCCGUCGAGCACCCCCCCGUCCAUCCUCCGCCCGUCGAGCAUCCCGGUGCUGGCACACCCACCCAUCCCGGUGAAGCCACCCAGGUCGCCCCUAGCCCCGGCGCGACUCACAGUGUCACCGUUGGCGGUCCGGCCGGUCUUAUCUACCAUCCUGAGAGCAUCAAUGCCCAGGUCGGUGAUAUGGUCAUCUUCACUUUCUUUGCCGCCAACCACACCGCCACCCAGUCGACUUUCGACAGCCCUUGCGAGCCCCUCGCCGGCGGUAUGGACUCGGGCUUCAUCCCCAACCCGGAAAACUCCAUCGACCCUCCUCCUCAGGUCGCCAUGCAGGUUAUGGUCGAGAACCCUCUCUGGUUCUUCUGUGCUCAGGGACCCCAUUGCGCCAAGGGCAUGGUCUUCUCCAUCAACCCCACCGCUGAGAGGACGCAUGCCAUGUUCCAGUCCAUUGCCAUUUCCGGCGGCAACGGCGAUGCCGCCCCCAUCACUGGCGGCGAACCUGCCCCGGCCCCGGAGCAGCCCCCUACCGAGUCUGCCCCGCCGCCCCCUAUCGAUUCCCUCCCUCCCGUUCAGAGCGGCCUGCCUCCUAUCGAGGGCGGCAACAACGUCCUUCCUCCCGGCGGUGGCAUUCAGGACGGCAUCGGCCAGAUCGAUGGCAACGGCGCCUGCGUCUGCAGCGUCCAGUGCGACAUGGGCGCGUUCCCCAACCUCGAGCAGCAGGGCAUUGGUGCCGUUGGCGGCAUCGGUGGGUCCAUGCCCAUGGGCCAGCCCGUCCGCAAGAGGUGGUAA